CCGCCAUAUACCAAGUGAAAAACAAAAAUAAAAAUAUUUUUGUAUGUGGUUUGUUGUUUUUAGAAAUGUCCGGUGAACCUUUAUAUAAAAAUGAAAAUAGCAGCGAUUCAGAAUCGGAACGUGAAGAUCAACAACGUACCGGCGGUCCAGGUUUAAGUCUGGAUUUAGAUUUGGGCGACGAUUGUGUGCACAAAGUUAAAGGAAUUAGGUUAGAAUUACAGGGAGAUUCCGGAAUUAAUACUUCUGAAAGUACUAAUUCGACUACACGCGAUUUAAACCCUCGCAGAGAUGACAAUCCUUUUUCUUUUAAGCACUUUUUAAGGGAUAGUGCCAAUUCCAAUAAAAGCUAUCAAUCACUUGGAGCAAGGCCGAAGGUUUAUAGCGAAAACAGGCCAAAAAAUGACUCUCCACCAGAGAGCACUAAGAAACCAGUGCAGAAUACGAGAAAUAAUGAAUUUUCUUCUGCACUCCCAGAUUUUGUUCAAGAUCAUUUGAUUAUGGAACAGUGUUACUUAGGGAAGCGAACAUGUCCCAGCCCUGAAUAUGACUUAGACUUGCCGGACUUUACACCAACAAAUAAUACGAAUGGGAUUUCUAACCCUAGGACAAGUCCAACAGGAGAACCAAUACCACUUGAUUUACCUGGACUUCCUAUGAGAAAUGCUUUUCCAUUAGAUUUACCUAUAUCAGCUAAUAUCUCAGUGGAAUCUCCUAGACCCUCUUCAUUGUCUGAGGUGGGGAACUCUCAGAGCUUACCAGACUUUCUUACUGAUGGUCCAGUAAGACCAGGACAUGAACCUGUUCCAUUUUCUCCCCCUGAGCCCCAAGGAAUUAGACCUGAGGUAUGUCGGCGGUGUUUAGAAUUAAGAGGAGAGUUGGCAGCAGCUAGACAAAGGGUUUCCUUAGUUCAAGAUGAAGUGGAUAAAAAUCAUAGGAGAGCAGCUGUAGCUGAAAAUAAUGUACAUAGGCUGAAGCAAGAGAUUAAAUCACUUAAGGAACAAAUGAACCAAUUGAGAUCAGAGAAUCAGGUUUUGAAACUAAAUGAAGGUGCAGUAGGAGGACAUUCAUCUUGGAACUCCCAAGUAGAUCUCUCUUCAAAUAGACUGGCACAGGAGCUUAGAACAGCAGCUAGUACUGCAGAACAUUCAUUAAGGCAACUACUUACAGGUGUAGACAACUUGCGAAUGAUGGCUUCCACUCUGGAAAAUAUGACAAGGAUAGAGGAAAAAUCUGAAAGAUUUCCUAAUUUUGAAGAUAAUGCAGGACCGGCUCUAUAAGUUUUAAAGCCUACUUAAAUGUAUUUAUUUUUUAAACUAGGUCUAGUCUACAUAAGAGAUAUCUGCCAAUAUUACACAAGACCAAAUUACUUUUAACUGAUAUGUGGUGAAGAAAAAACAUACAAAUGUGUAUUUUUACUUUUAAGUUUAUAGUAUAAUUGAGGUUAUAAGGGCAUAAUAUAUGUUUUUUGAAGUGAGAUAAAUCCAGUAAUUCUUAAGAAUAAUUUUAUUUUAGUCGGUAUAAUUUGUUGUAAUAAUUUCGUUUGCUUAAAUUGCUAUUAUAUAGGCAAUAUUUACGGAGAAACUAUGGGCUAAAAUAUAUGUUAACACUCUGUAUAGGGUGUCCCUCCCCCAUUUUGAUUGAAAUCAUACGGUUAGUAGUAAAGAUAGGAGGAUGCGGUUUGCACAUACCAUGCGGUUUGCAGUUACCUUAUAGUUUUUUGUCAAACGAAAGACGUUUCUGAACUACAGGGUCUUUUCAAAAUUUUUGCAAUUUGGGACAGCCCCCGUAUCUCCGUUAUUGUGGAUCAUAUCGAGAAGGU